GGGUGUAGCUACUUUCGUCGAUUCUGUACGUCCGAACUAAAAGUUAAAAAUUUGAAAUUAAUUUGCUCUAGCACACAAGGUGGAUGGUGACCACAUUUUACUGGAAUUUGAGGAUUUCGGCCACACAAUCUCAUAAAAAUAUUUCCAAACCUUCAUUCGAAAAGCCCUCUACGUCUUGGCGAAAAUGUCCCCGUUUCCUAUCGGACGAGAAAGCAUGUACAGUAGGUCGCCAUUUUCGCGCACCAAACGAUCAACUGACUGCACUACACUGCCCGGACACGUACAUCCACAUACAUUCACUCACACAGUAGGCCUACAGCUGCAGUCAGCAGAGUACAGCGGCCGCGAAAGUAUACGCGAAGGAGGUGAUGGAGCGCCAAUUGUACAAACAAGCAUGGUAUAAAAGUGGAUGUUCCAAUUGUUCCUUCUGAUUGGUCAAAAUGUUCCAGUUUUUGUUUCGACUCGAGGAUCGGGGGAAUUGGUUUGCAGCAAAGGGGGUCAGAUUUUCAGUCUUGAGACUAUAUUAGUAUUACUAAAGAAAAAGAAAGAAGGCCACAAAUAUGAGAAUACUGAAAAUUUAUGAGUUUUCAUUCUACCGUGAACUGGAAUCCUAUCACGCCAGCACUGAAUUAUUCAACGUGUACUGACUGCCUCUAUGUACAAUUUCUCAAGGCUCGCCUUAGUGGUGGAGCUUCAGUCGACGACCUAACACGCGCUGAGGAUGAGAUCUCCGAAAUUACCCUUUAAUAGACAUAACUGUGAUCAAGUUUUUGUUUUCUUUCAAAAACUGUAAUUUUGUGUUAUCUUUUCUGUUUCCAAUUGCCAUGUUCAUGUUGGAUACAGUCUGCGUGAAUGACUUAAUUUUUCAACUUUUGAAUGCUUUUUAACGGAGAUUUGCUUCACCAUCGUUUCAUCUACAGUAUAGAAAACUACAUUCGGAGAAAAAUCUUCUUUUAAAUUAUAUGUAGUCUACGUGUAGUAUGAGCACAAAGCAUGGGCUGUGGCAAUUUUUUUUCUGUAUGGCGGAGCACAAUAACCAAAAGUUGAAGGUAGGACACACAAUGACCUCACUGUCGUGCUGUUUACAAUGGCCUCACUGUCGUGCUGUUUACAGUGGCCUCACUGUCGUGCUGUUUACAAUUAAUGGCCUCACUGUCGUGCUGUUUACAAUUAAUGGCCUCACUGUCGUGCUGUUUACAAUGGCCUCACUGUCGUGCUGUUGUGUAUCUUUCUUUGCAUUACUGCCCCCAUAUUAUGCUAAAUGCAUGGUGAAAGGUUAUCAGUAUGCCAGCACUCUCCGGUGAUAUGAACUAGCACAAUGCUAUCUGGCGCAUACACACACCGUAGAUUACUGAAUGAUCUAACCUGUACAGUAGCCGAGACUCACCAAAGUACAUGACAGCUUAUCAAUAGAAGUGUGUACAGUUAGCUACUCAGCCUUACAAUGAUAGGAAUAAGAUACUCGUACAUCUGCUACCUCCUAUAUGCCCCGAGCUGGACCAAGAGAGAGUGCAGUUUUCCUGGCAACGGAGACUCCUUUGCUAGUGACUGCGCAUCGCAGCCGCGCUGGUUUCACAAAAUCCGGUCGCCUCACUACCAACAAAAUCAGCACUCCCGGACCAACAUGGCUCUUUUUAACUGUCAGGUUGUAAUGGCUCUUGCAAAGCUGCUGGAGCUUCGACCAGACGAGGACGACUUUGAACCGGCGAACACCCCUCCUCCACCUAGCCAAGCAACCAGCUGCUCUGGUAGAAGACCGCUAUCCAGUAAGUCGUCAGAGAGGAACAGAACACCCAAGAUACGCGAUCUCAACAUUUCUAACAGGGGGUUUCAGCAGAAAAAUAGUCAUCGGUGUCAAAAAAGGCGUCGUCUGACGUACAAGGCUAAGAUAAGCCUGUCCCAGUUACUGAAGCAUCGUUCUGACGAAGAUGACUUUGAGCAAGAGAACGUGAGGUUCAGAUACACCCAACAAAGGCAUCCAGGAGCACACAGCAACCAGCCUCAGCCCUCGAAGGAAUAUAACCAGACUAACCGUUCAUUGGGAAAACAAAAGGAGGGACAACCGAGACUGAAACUCAUCCAGCGACUCAAGAAACUGAGCGCACACCAUGAGAACAUUCAGUUUCUUUCAGACCAGUGGUUUUUGGAUUACAUAGAAGAUCUUUGUCGCAGAAGGGGUCACUGCCCUUGCGGGCAGAAGCGACUUCGCUAUUACUACCACAUCCAGAACCGCAGAACGGAGCGCCGCAUGCAUGUCGGAUCCACCUGCAUCCUGUACUUCAGAAAGCGCUACGAGAAAACAAUCCCCAUCGCAGAAUCCGACAACAAUGUCGAGUCAGGAUUCGCACUUGGUUCCGAUUCCCAAGCUGGGCAACGCUGUGAGUUUGUGACACCUCUUGCAGCUCCUGAAAAUUCUAGCACCGGUGGUGUUAACAAGAUCCCACAUAAGGAUAGAGGUAAAAAGAUAAUUCUGAGUAAAAGCAAACGAAGCUGGAUCAGACUGUUCUAAAAGUCUUUCAGGCCAAGUGCUGUCGCUGGUGUCAGGUCACCUUGUAUUCUUGAAUCCUUGACUGCUGAAAUCAAAGACUUGGUGACAUCCCAGCAAUGUUUGUUGUGGACAUAUAUAAGCCCUAUAUUUCUGAACGAAAUACAACAGAAAGCAUAGAAAUUGUUUAUUUCAAGAUCAACAUAUCUUUUCAAUGUUUAAGCCACCGAAGUUUGAGGGCUUGGGUGGUUCAUUUUUAGUUCCACUUAUUCUGUUACGAAAUGAUACUGGAAAAGGCAUUUUGGAAGUAUAGCAUGUUCCAUAAUAUAUUGCAGCUUGAAAUUAAUGCUACUGCAUUUUUUUCAAUAAUGUUAAUCUUACACAAUACUCAAAAACUAAUAGAUAUUUAUGUAGUUUCAAGGAGACUUAGAUAUUGAACUAGCUUUUUGUAAUUGUGAACUAUUGCAUUUGGGGAACUUGGGUGGCACAUUUUUAUGUAUUCUUAAAUGAUAAAGGAACUGGCAUUUUUGGAAGACAUGUAUAUAAUCAAGUUUGAUACGGUUUUGUACCUUGAUAUGUAUCGUGAAUGCUACCAAAUACACGUACUUUACUUGGUUCAAAAUUGGCUAGUUGGAAUUUGUUAUACAGAUAGGUUUAAAAAGUAGCUUGUCAGAAAAAACGCAGACUCUAUGAACAUCUCUAAACGAUUCAUUUUGACCCCGUGUGAGGAUAGUUAGGCACAGCUCUUUAAUCAUGGGUACACACUGAAUGCCAUUCAAACAUUGCAAAACGGGAAGACUAAUCCUGACAAAUUUUUAAUACAGUUUAACAUUAGAAUAUACUGCUCCAGCUCUUUUUGAAGAGGGACAAACUAACAGUUAAUGUGUGCUUGCAAAAUGCAAUCAUUUCAGGAUUGUAUCACGUCAGAACAUUCUAAUAAUUCAGUGUUACAUUAAGAAAGACCGAACUUGUACAGUGAGUUAUUCUUUGGAAACAAAAUUAAAUUGUCUUAUCUAUUAAACACUUCUCCAAACACAUUUGUACUAUGAGUCUGUAAACAUGUUCAAUGCUAAACGUGUUUAGAGUUUUAUGGAAUAGCGUUUAGCCAUUGGAUUGGUGGUUAAGAAUUGGACACCAAAUGUUUAGCAUUCAAACAUGUACACAAAGAGAAUGACUGUGUUUGAUUGCUAAACACAGUGUUUGAAGUGGAGCUAAAAUUUGCCAAACAAAUCAAGCAUUAGUAACUACAAUGUUUAUAUAAAACACAAGAUUUUUUUCAAGAAAAUAGUAUUACAUUUUUUAAAUUGAUGUUUUUACUCUAUUUUAGUACCUUCGCAAGAAAAAGGUAUACCUAUGCCCACAAAACUCAAUGUGUAUGAAACAUUGCUGUAUUUUAGUUUGAUUUCUCUAAACUGCCGAGUUUUCGAUUUGGCAAAACCUUUGAUUAUAUUUUAAGCCUAACGUAAAAUAUCAAAGUCAAAACAUAGCCCAAAAGUAAAAGGUUUAAUCAAGCUAACAGAAAACUUCAUGUACGGUGCUGGUGUAUUUUAUAGCAGAGCGGGAGAAGUGUUGUCACUUCUCAGUUGUCAAUUUUAAACGUAGCGAAACCUCAUUGUUUGCUUUAAAAAAAAAAAGGGAAAUAUCAAAAAUCCUUUCCAGGAGCGCUGGGUUUGGUCUUGAGCCUUUAUCGUGGAUGUCUGGCAAAUCAGACUAAGGAUUUUUAUUUAAUUUACCCCCACAAUGACCAAUUCCGUGUAUUUUACAAUCUACAAUGACAACUGCUCUUUUAAUUUAAUACUUAAGAACAUUUCUGAUAAAAAAUGUCAUUCCCCAUUAUAUAUCAUGGGCAUGUUACAUAAGUUCGGGCAUAAAAUGAAUGAUUCAUUCGUCACCAAAUCUCCAGACGAAACGAGCAUGUCAAAAAGGUCCAUUCGGACUCGAUGAAAAACGGACAGUGAUUGCGACCAUUAUGACAACUAACGGGAACACAGGAGGUUGGGGUUCAUGUUGGGGCGUAUCUGUCUUUGAUUCUCAGAGGGUCAAUCAAAAGUAUACACAAAAUUUGCGUUAAAAAUAUACAUGUUGAAAACGCACAAGGCUUAAUAAAAUGAUGCUAAGUGUUAAUGUAA